UUGUGCUAUUUCAAUUUGAAUCGUAAAUUUGGAUAGCAAUUUCAGCCUGCCGAAGGUUUGGAACAGCUAGAGAGAGACCCAGAGUGUCCGCUGCUCCCGCCGCCGACCCGUCUCACCGCCGCAUCCUCCAUCUCUGCCGCCGCCUCGCGUCUCUGGCCGUCGCCUCGCCUCUCGCCGCCGACCGCCACUGCAUCCUCCGCUCUCGUCAAGGGAAUAAAGGUACUAUUUUGAUGUCUAAUAUUGGAACCAUUUGUUUUCCCCUAAAUGCUGAAGCCUGUUGCCUCUUCCCAAUCACUUCACCCAAAAUAUAGGGGUCUUCUUGCCUUUCAUUCCCAAUAUUCCAUAUCAUUUGCUUUCAUCGUGCUGAAGCUUGUUGUUACUUAUAAUUUAUGUAAUUUGAUACAAGAUGUCUUCAGCUCAGGAUCCAUUUUACAUUGUCAAGGAAGAGAUUCAAGAAUCUAUUGAUAAGUUGCUGUCCUCUUUUCACCAAUGGGAACGCAUCCCUGCAUAUAGCCAAGAUCAACAGAAUUUGACAAGGGAGCUGCUUGUUGGCUGUGAGAGCGUUGAGUGGCAGGUGGAUGAAUUGGACAAAGCAAUUUCUGUAGCAUCUAGAGAUCCUGCUUUUUAUGGGAUUGAUGAAGUUGAACUUGACAAAAGAAGGAGAUGGACGAGCACUGCACGUGCUCAGGUAAGCAACGUGAAGAAACGGGUGGUAGCAGGAAGUGAGUUGGACGGUACAAGCACUUCUAAUGUAAAUGGGAUGCGCCGUGAACUAAUGAGGCUACCAAAUUCUCAUCAGAUUGACAUAUCCAAACAGUAUGCAUCUCAGGACAACGAUGAUUUCAUUUCAUCAGAGUCAGACAGACAAUUGCUUCUCAUAAGGCAACAGGAUGAGGAGCUGGAUGAGCUUAGUGCUAGUGUGGAGAGAAUCGGAGGCGUUGGGCUUACCAUACAUGAAGAACUCCUUGCACAGGAGAAGAUUAUCGAUGAAUUGGGUAUGGACAUGGAAAGUACAUCAAAUCGCCUUGAUUUUGUUCAGAAAAAAGUGGCUAUGGUCAUGAAGAAGGCUGGGGUUAAGGGGCAGAUCAUGAUGAUACUGUUCUUGGUGGUUCUGUUUGUUAUUCUAUUUGUUCUGGUUUUCCUCACUUAGAGCAAGCAAGGAAGAAAUCAGGCGACAGUUGCAUAUACGAGGAAGAGAAUUCUGAUGAUCAGGAGUAAGGCAAGAGUUUUUAUGAGGAAUAUAAACGAAUUGGUUGUAAUGUGGUUUCUUUUUGUUUAGUCACUCCCUCUAGUAGUACUAGACAAAAUAAAAACCCACCUUUUCACUUGAUCAAAGAGGAAAAAAAAACCCUUUUCGGAGCUGCUUAUAUUUUUUGUGACUCAGAUUGGAUAACUGGUGUCUCUGAUUCAAUAUGUUUGAUUUUGAAUAUGAAUGAGAUGUAUGUUUGCUAGUCUGUUACAUGAAUAAAUAAAGCCUAGCUGUUGGUCUCGCACUGAA